GGGGCGCCCUAAGAGAACGGUGUAUGGGCGAUGAUACCGUGCCACAUCCCACCAUUGAAGGAGAUUUGCCUGCGCAGGGAUUAUUUGAUUGAUUUCACACAACUUAAACUAGUUAUUAUUUUCUAUUUUCUAGUUAGUUACUAAUUCCUGUGCCAUUCAGAAUUCCCGAUCUAGAAAGGCACAUUUUCCAUCUACAAAACCAGGGGUGCCUCGCAACGUGCUGACGCAACUUCCUACACCCAUUCCUAUACAACACUUAGAUUUCACAUAACGAUGGAGAAGCCAGAUAUUGAGGCUCGCGUCGCCGAAUCCUUGAGUAACGACUUCGAUCCAGCCUUGGAGAAGAAGUUGCUACGGAAGCUGGACUGGCGCAUCAUCCCUGCACUAUGGUUCCUGUUCCUCGUAUCAUUCAUGGACCGAUCGAACAUCGGAAAUGCCAAAAUCGCUGGAAUGGUCAAAGAGCUGCAUAUGGUCGGAAAUGAUUACAAUGUCGCCGUUACAAUGUUCACUGUCGCAUAUGUGAUUUUCGGAGUGCCCGCCAAUCUCCUGGUCAAGAAAUUCGGCCCCAGAAUGCUGGUCAUGUACAUGUUCACCUGGGGGCUGUUUGUGAUGGGUCAGGGCUUGACAAAGACUGCGACGGGGCUGAUCGCGUGUCGGUUUUUCAUGGGAAUGUGUGAAGCAGGGUUUGUUCCUGGCUGCGCAUAUUUGAUUGGGAGCUACUAUAAGCGAGAUGAGUUUCUGCGUCGCUAUGCAAUUUUCUUUAGUGCUAAUAUGGCAGCCGGUGCGAUCAAUGGGCUAUUCUCGAGUCUCUUAACGGGGUUGAACCUCAGCGGAUACGCAGGGUGGCGAUGGCUCUUCUUGAUCGAAGCCAUCAUCACCAUGGGUAUUAGCAUCGUUUGCUAUUGGAUUGUCGUACCGUUUCCGGAAGACGCGGAUUUCUUGACGCCCGAGGAGAAAGCGUUACUGCUGGCUCGCCUGGAGGCCGAUGGUGGUGGUGUCCGCAAUGACCCCAUUUCCUUGAAACGGGUACUCAGUAUGGCGGCCGACUGGAAGAUCUGGAUCUGCGUCCUGGCCUAUAUCGGUGCCGAAGAAAGCGCUAGUUCUCUGGUGGCAUUUCAGCCCACCAUCCUCAAGGACCUUGGCUGGACCGCUCGUUCCGCACAAGCGCACGGCAUUCCUAUCUAUGCAGUUGCAUUCGUUUUGACGCUUUCUAGUGCCUGGUUGAGUGAUUACCUCCGACACCGCUUCCUAUUCACUCUCUUCGGCUCGGUCCUGAUUAUUAUCGGAUGGAGUGUUCAGCUGGCACACUACCUGCCAGCGGGUGUCCGCUACAUGGGCAUGUUUUUUGUGGCUUCUGGUGCAUUUAUCAUGAUGUCAAUCACAGUGGUAUGGUUGUGCAUUAACCUCGGCAAGGGGGUCAAGCGCAGUGUGGGUAUGGGCCUGCUUCCAGCAUUUGGCAAUUGCGGUGCCUUUGUGUCCGGGAACGUGUUUAUCACCAGCCAGUCCCCCAAAUACCCAGUGGGAUUCGGCGUUGGGUUAGCUUUUGCAGUCAUGGCUGGCGUGGCAAGCACGGUGUACUAUUUCGGCUUGCGCGCGGAGAACCGCCGGCGCGACAGCCAGCCCGAGCACGAGUGGACCCCGGAAAGUGCUCAGGAUCUCGGAGAUGCGCACCCAGAUUUUCGGUUUCACCUGUAAGAGAUGCUGGAUCGUAUGAGGGCGCAUUGUGCCGAUACUGGCACGCCCUAAGUGGGCUGCUUUCAUUUAAUUUAAUCUGCAAUACGGGAUAUUCUAC